AUGUGUACAAUAGGAGAAAAACAGAAAAAGAAGAAAAAGAAGAAAGGUAAACAAGAUAUUGAGGAUGACACAUUAAUACAAGAAACUGAUACACAACAACUAAACAAAAUUAACAAACAGUUAAAAGACAUAAACUUGAAGCUUUCAAAAGUGUACACAAAAGAUGAUGGUAGCUUAAGAGAUAUGAUAAAAAACAUGUUCAGUCAAAUGAAAGAAGAAAUGCUAUCAUCUGUUAGUAAAAGAAUCGACAUUCUUGAAGGAAAAUUAUUUGAAAAGGAAACUGAAAAUGAAGUUUUAAAACAAGAGGUUAAAGAGCUUGAAAAGGUACUAGAAAACCAAAAAAACGAAAAUGAAAAACUAGUCGAAGAAAUACGUAUAAACGAAAGGCAAACAAAAGGAAAAAUAAAUGAUCUCGAACAAUAUAGUCGAAUAAACAACCUUCGAAUUGACGGGAUUAAAGAAACAACUAAUGAAGACCAGCAACAAACGGAGAGAAAGGUUUUGAAUACCUUAAAUUCUUACAUGCCUAAAUUAAAACUAGAAAUAGAUGAUAUAGAAGUCGGUCACCGCUUAGGCAAACAAGAUGACAAAAAGCCAAGACAAAUAAUUGUUCAAUUCUGCUCGCGGGGCACAAAAGUAGAAAUACUAAAAAAUCGGAAACUAUUAAAGGGAUCAGGAAUUUACGUUAAUGAAGACCUUACUCGUUUGAAUCAACACGUUUUUACGUAUAUAAGGAAAAAACUGUCGGAUGAAGUGGAAGGUGUGUGGACUAGGAAUGGUAACAUUUUCUACAAAAAUAAAAUGGGAUCAGUUCACCGAGUUCAUUCUGAUGAAUACCAGACAUGGAUCGAUCUGCCUUGGCCGAUAGUAACACCAGACCAACUUAAACGUCCAGCAACCCACAAUGCAUGGUUAGCCCCAGUGAAAUUAACAAAGUAG